AUGCAAAUCUCCACAGGCCUCGUCACCAUCUUCACCCUCAUCUCCCUGGGUCGCGCUCUACCAUCGGCCGAGGCUUUGGACUAUGACGGGAUUCUCUCACGCCGCGAUACCUACGACCGCAAGGGUUCGGGCAUGUGCGGUAGCCUGCAGGUCAAGUUCUGCGACGAGGCGGUGAACAACUACAUCAUCCGGGACGACACGCCGCGGUACCGGCCCGACGUCUACCAGUCGUGCUCGGGGGGCUGCUCGGCUCUGGGCGCCGAGGGCAUGACGGGCGCCGGCUGCCGCGUCUUUGUCGGCGGCGGCCAGGACUGCAAGCGCAGCGGCAACCAGCUCUGGCUCGACUACCAGGACAUCCGCAACAACGGGGCGGACAAGUGCGGCAGCAAGCACUGGGGCGACGGGUGCCGGACCACUAUCAACUACGUCGCGGAGUGUGGCAAGGUCAAGGAGGACUGCCCGGCGAUAUGA